AUGGAUAAAAAUUUUGAGAUCGAAAAUGAAUUGAGUCUUAUUGAUCAAGAAACUAGGGAUGACUAAGAAUGUUAACAGCUAUUAUCAAAGUUUGAAUAGUCAUCACUUGAAGAGGAUAUAGCCAAAUAAAAUUAUAGGUAGAUGACACGAACGCAGUGGUAUCUAAGUCUCUACAAAACAUACGAUCCUACUUUCAUAAAUGUUAUGACUCUCUCAUAUUUCAUACAAGGCUUCAAAACAUUUAUUGACUUAUCCGUUCUCGAUUUAUUCAAAUCAUAUUUGCAUCUCUAACCAGCUGAAAUGCAAAUUCUUACUUCGAUUAUCAACAUUCCGUGGAGUAUUAAGGUUGUGUAUGGAAUGAUUGCAGAUAAUUUACCAUUAUUCGGAUCUAAAAGAAAAAAUUAUAUAGCUUUAAAUGGUUUACUCUAAUUCAUAGUUCUUCUCCCACUUAUCCCAGAAUGGAUUAAUAACAAAUAUAUUAUAACUUUCUUUUUGACAUUCUUUGCUGUAAAUAUAGCAUUUAAUGACGCCAUGAUCGAUGCUCUUAUGGUUAUGUAAGCAAGAAAGGAUCCUUUUUACGGUUCUUAAAAUUUAAACAGCUUCACAUGGACUUGGCUAUCAAUUGGAGGCAUCACUGGAUCAAUCAGUGCAGGAUUCCUAACUUAGUAUCUCAAUCCUCAUAUCAGCUUUACUAUUUGUGGAAUAUUGGGAUUAAUGAUUAUGACUCUAUCAAUAAUGAUGAAUAAAACUGUUGAAUAAGAAAAUUAAGGUUAAUAAAAGCCUGCAAACAUGAAGGACUUCAAAAAGAAUAUUGUGAGAAUCAAAGAAGCAUUGGCUACUCCUCAAAUCUAUAAAACAUUAGCUUACUUUAUACUUUGUGGCACUUUACAUGCUUACACUCCUGUAAUAUAUAAGUUUACUAAUAGGAACUAUGAUUUACAACAAAUUCUUUUAAGAAUGGGAGUUUAGGACACUUCUUCAGCUAAGUCAGUUAUUUUGUUUAUUUGGCGCAGUUUGCUUCCAACAGUAGUUAUCUUCACUUAAAUCACUCCACAUCAUAUUGAGGCAACUAUUUUUGCAACUCUCACAGGUGCUUUUAAUUUCAGUCAAAGUGUUGGAGCACCCUUACUCGGAUCAGUAUUUUGCAAAAUAGUUGGUGUAACUUCAGAUGAUUUAAGCGGAUAUUCUAAACUUCUCCUUAUAUAAAUCGCGGCUAUAUGCUUGACGUUCUUUUAUAUUAAUUUAGUACCAACUAGAAAAGAAAUUGAUGAAGCAUAGAAGAGAGAAAAGGAGAAAUUCGAAAAUGAAACAAAGGAGAUGAUUAUUGAGUGA